UCUCUCUGUCCUACACACACACACACGCACGCUCUCUCAGGUUUCAGGACUCUCUGCUGUGGUUCUGAUAUCUGCAUAAGACACACUCAUCUUCUAAAGGAUGGCCGGGACUCAUACUGUCCUGCUCACUCUGCUGCCCACAGUCCUUAUUCUAAUUGUUCUGGCCGGGGUUGAAAGUGCAGCUGUUAAAGAUGGAAAAGACAGUGAAGCUAAAGCAGGAGCAUCUAAACAAGUUUUCAUGCCAGCAUCUGAUGCCUCAAACUUCUUCAAACGGCGUGGUCGCAGAUCCCCGGGAACUUAUGAAGAGUACUAUGCGGAGCAGAGACUGAAGAUGGCUGCGAACGAGCGAAGGAGAGAGCACUUAGAGGAACAACACGACGAACACGAGAACUAUUUAGAGGAGGAGCGUGAUGAGCAGUACGAGAGGACCAGAGAGAGGAACGAGCAGUGGAGAGAAUUCCACUAUGAUGGUCAAUACCCACGAUACCCUCACCACCGCCGCUACGUCUGAGCACAUGCCUUGGAAAGUGGAUAAGCAUCAUUUGAGCGAUACUUUCAUGACGUAAUAUAAUUAUUCAAAGCAUAUAAGCACUUACAGAAUUAAAGCUCUUACUACAUGUAUAAUAAAAGGGUUUGUGUGUUUAGAAUGUGACUUUUCCCCCCUCUGUUCUAGCUGCUAUCUUAAGUGCUAUCUUAAUACUGGUCUCUUUAUCACAACAUUCAUUAGUUUGUGUUUUUAAGCUUUUUUCUAAGAGCAACUCGUAUUUCCUUCUUCAGUAAUUACAUUCAGCUGUCAUCUGACCUCCCUUUUUAAUAACAUUUGCUCUAUACUGAUGUGUGACUAAAGCUCAUCUCAUUUUCCACAUUAAUGAGGAUUCGAUAUAAAACCUAACCAGAAUAAUUAAAAACCCAGGCUUAUGGCAACAUCUUGUAAACUCAUAAAUAUGGUACAUAUAGUAAAAAAGCCCAGGUUUGUGUGCCUACAGACGGGAUAUUAAUUCCAAGGCAGUAUUUGCUGGCAACAGAGUGACAUUCCUGUGCUGAGAGUUUAGACAGAUGGGAAAAUAAGGGAGAAAGAAACAAGUGGAAAGAUUUAUCGACUUUCCUGAGCUUUGGUGCCGUUGCCC